UGUCUGAUAAAAGCAAAAGAAAAAACUUAUUUUAAAAGGAUUUAUUUAUAUUUAUAUUUCAACAGUCGUUACUAUUAAAAUAAUUAAUUAUAACAUAUUUUAAAAUUACAACUUACUUUAAAUCUUUAAAUUAUCAAAAAAUAUGAGUUCAGAUAAAGAUGAUGCUAAUGCCCAUGGUAAUUUAAGUUUGACUUCAGAAGAAUAUUGGAACGAUGCUUAUACACUAGAAUUUAAUAACUUUAAAAACUUUGGUGAUCAUGGUGCUGAAUGGUUUGGUAGCAUCAUAGGAAAAAAAAUGAUAGAUUGUAUACAAAAAUUUUGUGACCUUAAACAGGAAGAUAUUAUCUUAGAUGUUGGAUGUGGAAAUGCACUUCUAUUAAUUAAACUAGCAAAGUUAGGUUUUUCUAAUCUUUACGGUAUAGAUUACUCAUCACCUGCAAUUAAAUUAGCUGAUGCCAUUGUACAUAAAGAAAACAUUGGUUGUAUCAAACUUCAAGUGUUUGAUUUCUUAACUGAUGAUGUGAGUUCUUUACCAACUUUUAAAAUAGUUUUAGACAAAGGAACAUAUGAUGUAAUUGGUAUGAAUGAUGAAAAAAAUGUCAAACGAAAUAAAUAUAAGAAAAAUAUAUUAAAUUUACUAGAGCCAAGCGGAUUGUUUUUAAUAGUCUGUUGUAAUUGGACACAAACAGAGUUAAAUGAACAUUUUAAUGAUGUUUUUGAAGUUGUACAUACUAUACCGACACCAAAAUUUCAAUUUGGAGGAGCAAUAGGAAAUACCAUAUCAGCAAUUCUUUACAAGAAAAAUGUAUAAUUAUUUUUUAAUACAGUUAUUCAUUAUUAUUUCUA